UUUUUUUUUUCUCUUUCAUUCUUUUAAUUUCUUUUUUUUUUUAAACUUUUGACAUCAAAUUAAUUAUAUUACGAACUAUGGGUGUCCAAGUUGCCAACUCCGUUAUCGCUGAUACCAAUGCUACUCUGAACAAAAAGAAUGCACAACAACCACGAAAACGUAACCGAAAGAAAUCAAAAAAGCAACGUGCUGAAGAAGAAGCUGCUCGACGAGAACGACGUAGUGAAUCAGUACAAGAAAACGAAGACGAUUUAAAAGAUGUUGAAAUUGAAUAUGUUGUACAAUCUAUGGAUGCAUCAAGUUUAAAAAGCAUGGAUGGUAUGAACAAUCUACAAGACGAUGUCCUUGAUCAAUUCUCGAAUAUCUUUCGACACUUUCAAAGAGGAAAAGAAGAAGACGAAGACGAAACGAUGAUACAUAGAGAAGGACUUGAAAUCGACGGCAAGACAACCAACGAUGUUGAUAAUGAAGAAAACAACUCUGAUACCGAAAACAAGGACCAAGUUUUAUCCAAAAAGAAGAUGAAGCAACUAACACGUCUUAGUGUGGCCGAAUUGAAACAGGCAGUGAGCAAACCUGAAGCUGUAGAUUGGUGGGAUGCCAAUGCACAAGAUCCAAAAUUAUUGAUUCAACUCAAAUCUUAUCGAAAUACUGUACCAGUACCAGUUCAUUGGAGUCAAAAACGCAAAUAUUUACAAAAUAAGCGAGGCAUAGAAAAACCACCAUUUGAAUUACCUGAAUUUAUUAAGGAUACUGGUAUCAUGGAAAUGCGUGAAGCCGUUAAGGAAAAAGAGGAUGCUGCUGGACUCAAAAGUAAAAUGCGUGAAAAGGUGGCUCCAAAGAUGGGAAAACUAGAUGUGGAUUAUCAAAAAUUACAUGAUGCUUUCUUCCGAUUUCAGACAAAACCUCACUUUGCUGUCCAUGGUGAAAUGUAUUAUGAAGGAAAGGAAAAUGAAACAAAGGUUCAAGAAAAGAAUCCUGGUCAAUUAUCUGAAGAAUUAAAACAAGCAUUGAAUAUGCCUCCUUUAGCACCUCCACCUUGGUUGAUUAAUAUGCAAAGAUAUGGCCCUCCUCCAAAUUAUCCAACAUUGAAGGUUCCUGGAUUAAAUGCUCCUAUACCAGAUGGGGCACAAUGGGGUUAUCAUCCUGGUGGUUGGGGUAGACCUCCUGUGGAUGAACUCAAUCGACCUCUCUAUGGUGAUGUCUUUGGUGUUACAGAAGAAAACAAGGGUCCUCAGAUGCCAAUAGAACCUGUUGACAGAACUCUUUUUGGUCAACUAGAAUCCGACGAAGAACUUGAAGAAUCAGAAGAAGAGGAAGAAGAAGAAGAAACCAAGGAAGAAGAAGAAAAACUGACAGACGAAACACUCAAAGAAGGAUUGGUGACACCCUCUGGUAUUGCAUCUGUAUCAACUGUAGCAUCAGGAUUGGAAACACCAGACGUGAUUGAAUUACGCAAAGAAAUACGACGACCAACUGAAGAAGAAACACCCAAACAACUAUAUCAAGUAUUACCUGAAAUGGAAAAGAAAAUUAGUGGACUUAUGGGCUCACAGCAUGGAUACGAUUUACAAAAUAUUGACAAACCAGUGAUUGCUCCUACAUCAGGUCGAAUGGCAACAAGUUCUUCUAAACGAAAGCAUGAUAAUGUGGAUGUGGCUAUUGAUCCUAGUGAAUUAGAAAGUGGUUUGGAUGAAUCAACUUUAAGGGCCAAGUAUGAAGCUCAAGUCAAAUCCAAGUUACCUGGUGGUGGUGCCAAUGCUGAAGAUUUAUCAGAUAUGUACGCUGAACAUGCUAGUCGUCAAGCUGCCAAGAAGAAGAAGCCUCAAGAUGCCAGCAAGGGAAAACAAAAGGAAAGAGAGUUCAAAUUCUAGAUAUAUAUACUCUUUUUUUUUUUUUU